GUGAUCUUAAUCAUUUAGUUUCAGCUACCAUGUCUGGUGUAACAACAUGUCUUCGAUUUCCAGGUCAAUUAAAUGCUGAUUUACGUAAAUUAGCUGUAAACAUGGUUCCAUUUCCACGUUUACACUUUUUUAUGCCUGGUUUCGCACCAUUAACAUCUCGCGGAUCACAACAAUAUCGUGCAUUAACUGUUCCUGAACUUACACAACAAAUGUUUGAUGCUAAGAAUAUGAUGGCUGCAUGUGAUCCUCGACAUGGUCGAUAUUUAACUGUCGCUGCAAUGUUUCGCGGUCGAAUGUCAAUGAAAGAAGUUGAUGAACAAAUGUUAAAUGUACAAAAUAAAAAUUCCUCGUAUUUUGUUGAAUGGAUUCCAAAUAAUGUUAAAACAGCUGUUUGUGAUAUUCCACCUCGUGGACUAAAAAUGUCAGCUACAUUUAUUGGUAAUAGCACAGCUAUUCAAGAAUUAUUCAAACGUAUUUCUGAACAAUUUACUGCUAUGUUUCGUCGAAAAGCUUUCUUACAUUGGUAUACAGGUGAAGGCAUGGAUGAAAUGGAAUUCACUGAAGCUGAAUCAAAUAUGAAUGAUUUAGUAAGUGAAUAUCAACAAUAUCAAGAUGCAACAGCCGAAGAAGAAGGCGAAGCUAAUAAUUAUAUUUUAUUAAUUGCUCCACCUGAACGUGGUCAUUUAAAUCCAAUUCUCGAAUUAGCUAAACAAUUAACAUUUAAUGGAACUGAUAAUAAUACAGAAAUACUUGUUAGUGUGCCGUCCUAUGCUGAUGUUAAUGUU